AUGCCCGCGAACGCCAUUGGCAUCGAUUUGGGGACGACCUACAGCUGUGUAGGCGUCUGGCAGAACGACCGCGUCGAGAUCAUCGCGAACGACCAGGGCAACCGGACGACGCCCUCGUACGUGGCGUUCACCGACACCGAGCGCCUCAUUGGCGAUGCCGCGAAGAACCAGGUGGCCAUGAACCCGAAGAACACGGUGUUCGACGCCAAGCGCCUGAUCGGCCGCAAGGUCGCGGACCCGGCCGUGCAGUCUGACAUGAAGCACUGGCCUUUCAAGGUGGUGUCAGGGCCGGCGGACAAGCCGGAGAUCGUGGUGGAGUACAAGAACGAGACCAAGAAGUUCGCGCCGGAGGAGAUCUCGGCGAUGGUGCUCACGAAGAUGAAGGAGGUGGCCGAGGCGUUCAUCGGGCAGGAGGUGAAGAAGGCGGUGAUUACGGUGCCGGCGUACUUCAACGACUCGCAGCGGCAGGCGACCAAGGACGCCGGCGUGAUCUCGGGCCUCGAGGUGAUGCGCAUCAUCAACGAACCCACGGCCGCGGCCAUCGCGUACGGCCUGGACAAGAAGUCGUCGACGGCGGGGGAGCGCAACGUGCUGAUCUUCGACCUCGGCGGCGGCACGUUCGACGUGUCGCUGCUCACGAUCGAGGAGGGCAUCUUCGAGGUGAAGGCCACGGCCGGCGACACGCACCUCGGCGGCGAGGACUUCGACAACCGCCUGGUCAACCACUUUGUCCAGGAGUUCAAGCGCAAGCAGAAGAAGGACAUCAGCGACAACGCGCGCGCGAUGCGGCGCCUGCGCACCGCGUGCGAGCGCGCGAAGCGCACGCUCUCGAGCUCGGCGCAGGCCUCGAUCGAGCUCGACUCGCUUUUCGAGGGCAUUGACUUCUUCACGUCGAUCAGCCGCGCGCGGUUCGAGGAGCUCAACAUGGACCUGUUCCGGAAGUGCAUGGAGCCCGUGGAGAAGUGCCUGCGCGACGCGAAGAUGGACAAGGGCCGCGUGCACGACGUGGUGCUCGUGGGCGGGUCGACGCGCAUCCCCAAGGUGCAGAGCCUCCUCCAGGACUUCUUCAACGGCAAGGAGCUGUGCAAGAGCAUCAACCCGGACGAGGCGGUGGCGUACGGCGCGGCGGUGCAGGCGGCCAUCCUGUCCGGCGAGACGCACGAGAAGGUGCAGGACCUGCUGCUGCUGGACGUGACGCCGCUGUCGCUGGGCCUGGAGACGGCGGGCGGCGUGAUGACGGUGCUGAUCCCGCGGAACACGACGAUCCCGACGAAGAAGGAGCAGGUGUUCUCGACGUACAGCGACAACCAGAGCGCGGUGCUCAUCCAGGUCUUCGAGGGCGAGCGCUCGCGCACCAAGGACAACAACCUGCUGGGCAAGUUCGAGCUCACGGGGAUCCCGCCGGCGCCGCGCGGGGUGCCGCAGAUCAACGUGAUCUUCGACAUCGACGCGAACGGCAUCCUGAACGUGUCGGCGGAGGACAAGACCACGGGCAACAAGAACAAGAUCACCAUCACGAACGACAAGGGCCGCCUGUCGAAGGACGACAUCGAGCGGAUGGUCCAGGAGGCGGAGCAGUACAAGAGCGAGGACGAGGCGCACCGCCUGAAGAUCGAGGCGAAGAACCAGCUCGAGAACUACGCCUACUCGAUGCGCAACACCACCGAGGACGAGAAGACCGCGGCCGCGCUGUCGGAGGACGACAAGAAGACGAUCAAGGACAAGGUGACGGAGGUGAUCGAGUGGCUCGAGCACAACCAGCUCGCGGAGAAGGAGGAGUUCGAGGACAAGAUGAAGGAGCUCGAGGGGGUCUGCAACCCCAUCAUCACCAAGAUGUACCAGGCCGCGGGCGGCGCGCCGGGCGGGGCGCCGGGGGGCAUGCCGGACAUGGGCGGCGCCGCGCCGGAGGGCGGCACGGGCCCGGGGCCGAAGAUCGAGGAGGUCGACUGA